UGACUUGUUUGAUAUUUCUAAUUCUGUUGUUCAUUUUUUUUUUUGAAGGUUUGAGAAAUGAUAAGAAAGGGUACGAGAGCCUGGUUGAGGCGGCUGCAACGGUCUCUCGAAACUUCAGUCCGAUCCAUCAGCAACAACUAGUCAUCCUCUCCCUACAGAAAGCUUUUCCCAAACAAAUCAUGGCUCUCAUGAGAGCAAUUUUUCCUCCCUCAAAAAGAUUCAGUAGGGAGAUUUUCGCCUUCACCACCCCCAUACUGUUCUCCUGGCUAGUUGGAAACUGCAAGGUCAUGGAAACAGAAGUGGAAGGAAGAAAGGAGAAAAAUGUGGUUCACAUCAAGAAAUGCAGGUUUUUGGAGACCACACACUGUGCAGGCAUGUGCGUAAAUAUGUGCAAACUUCCAUCUCAAAAAUUCCUAAAGGACUCUUUUGGAAUCCCAGUCAACAUGGUCCCCAAUAUCUAAGCUAUGAGUAAUUGUGGCUCAUAGAAGGUCAUAGUGGUGAGCACUUGAACCAAUGGAUCUAUGGCCAUGGAGGAAGACAAGGACAAUAACAUUUCCAAGGAAAUGUUUGGUGGGACGCACUCACCCUCUAUCACCGACGCAUUCAUCUUAGGAGUAGUCGUUUAUGCAUCAGGGAUGCACUCCUAUAUUUGGGUCCUCGGAGGCAUAAUAUAUGGGAUUUUGUAUAUAUUGAGAUCAUUUACCUUUGAUACAU